AUGGCUAGUGGAGGUGGAGGUGGAGGUAGAGGUACAGGUGGAGAUGGAGGUGGUGGGAGUGGCACAUUCGGCCGAGAUUUAGCUUGGAAGUAUUGUUCACCAUUAGAGGGAAACCGAAAUGGGACGAUUUGUAAUUUUUGUGGGCUGGUGAUGAAGAGUGGAGGCAUUAGUCGAUUCAAGUAUCAUUUAGCGCAUAGAGACCCGAAUAACAAUACCAAUAAGUGUCUUUCAGUGCCACCCGAAGUGAAAGAAGAGAUACGAGAGAUGUUGCAUGAAAAAAUGUACAUGUAUCCAGCAAAUAUGGACCUGGAUGAGCGGGAUGCUUAUCGAGAAGCGGUUCGUGCAUCGAAGGCAACAGAAUGGGAGCGACAACAACAUGAAAAUCUUGUAGGAAGCAAGCGUAAAACAGGGGAGUCGUCACGACGUAGUGGUGCAUCGAUAAUGCGAAAAUCUCAAAGGAGUACAGUGUUCCUCAAGUCAGUUGAUGCAUCCAAUAGUAUCAAAGAUCACAAAUACAUAUACAAGCUAUUGAAUAAUGUUAUCAAAGAAGUUGGGGUAGAUAAUGUGGUCCAAAUUGUCACAGAUAACAGGUCAGCAUUCGUGAAAGCAGGGAAGUUGUUGAUGAAAAAGUUUAACUUAUAUUGGACCCCAUGUGCGGCACACUGCAUCGACUUAAUGUUUGAAGACAUUGGAAAAAGACCUAGUACUGCCGAGAAAUGA